UACCUCCAUCUGUCCCUCUCUCUUUCUCUUUCUCUCACGUACAGAUACACUGCCUCGCCAGACUGGAGAUAGAGAUAUCUUUCUCCUCUUUCGUAAUCCCUAGCCCUCUGAUUCAGAGAGAGGGAGUCCUGGGGCGCUAGCGCGCGUAUGCGGGUUUGGCUAUACUUACUCUGUGACUGAGGCUUUUGAAUUUUGGAAUUAGGGUUUUGGCGGACCGGAAGAGCAUCCGAAUUGGAGCUCCGUGUGAAUUUCGAAUUGGGUGUGAUGUGGUAAUUUAAUUGAAUUGAAAAGGUGGAGUAUAUGAAAAUGGAAGGGAGGAGAUUAUCGGCGCCGUGCUCGAAUCGAAGGAUAUUGGCAAAUAAGAAAAGGGUGAGGGCAGAGGGAUUCGUAAACAGCGUCAAGAAACUUCAAAGGCGAGAGAUUUCUUCCAGGCGCCAUCGAGCUUUCACCAUCACCAAUGCCCAGGAGAGGUUCCGCAACAUGCGCUUGAUGGAGGAGUAUGAUACCCACGAUCCCAAGGGGCACUGUUCCCCUGUAUUGCCUUUUUUGAUGAAGAGAACAAAAGUUAUUGAGAUAGUGGCCGCACGCGAUAUAGUCUUUGCGUUAGCACAUUCGGGCGUGUGUGCCGCUUUUAGUAGAGAGACAAACGAAAGGAUAUGUUUUUUGAAUGUUAGUCCCGAUGAAGUCAUUCGAAGCUUGUUUUAUAAUAAGAACAAUGACUCACUUAUUACAGUGUCCGUUUAUGCUUCAGACAACUUCAGCUCUUUGAAAUGCAGAUCCACAAGGAUUGAAUACAUACGGAGGGGUAAGCCAGAUGCUGGUUUUGCUCUUUUUGAGUCUGAGUCUCUAAAGUGGCCCGGGUUUGUAGAAUUUGAUGAUGUUAACGGAAAGGUGCUAACCUUUUCUGCACAAGAUAGUAUAUACAAGGUGUUUGACCUGAAAAACUAUACUAUGCUUUACUCCAUAUCGGAUAAAAACGUACAAGAAAUAAAGAUCAGUCCAGGAAUCAUGUUAUUGAUUUUCGUUAGAGCUACGGGUCAUGUUCCUCUCAAGAUUCUAUCAAUAGAAGAUGGCACAGUUCUCAAAUCAUUCAAUCAUCUACUUCAUCGAAACAAGAAGGUGGACUUCAUUGAACAAUUCAAUGAAAAGCUUCUUGUAAAGCAAGAAAAUGAAAAUCUUCAGAUUCUUGAUGUUCGAAAUGCUGAGCUGAUGGAAGUUAGCAAGACUGAGUUCAUGACUCCAUCCGCAUUUAUCUUUCUGUAUGAGAACCAGUUGUUCCUGACAUUCAGAAAUCGUACUGUCGCUGUUUGGAACUUUCGUGGGGAGCUUGUGACUUCAUUUGAGGAUCACCUUUUAUGGCAUCCAGACUGCAACACAAAUAAUAUUUAUAUUACAAGUGAUCAGGAUCUUAUUAUAUCUUACUGCAAGGCUGAAUCUGAUGAUCAUUGGAUGGAAGGAAAUGCAGCUGGGUCUAUCAAUAUCAGCAAUAUCUUGACUGGGAAAUGCCUAGCAAAAAUAAAUGCUACCAGCGGCCGGCCCAAGGUUGAUCAAAGCAGCAGCAGUGCUUGCAGUUCAAAGCAGCAGGAUCACUCCAGGGUGAGAAGCACAGUUGCAGAGGCUUUGGAAGACAUUACUGCCCUUUUCUAUGAUGAAGAACGGAAUGAGAUAUAUACUGGUAACAGGCAUGGUCUGGUUCAUGUGUGGUCUAACUGAAAAUCUGCAGCCAGAGGAUUGGUUUUCAUUUUGACUAGCCAUGUUGCGUAUAUUGACUGGAUAACUUCAGUGCACUCUAAUCGUUUUCCAUGAGGCUUUCAAAGUGAUUUUGUAUUGUAUCAUUUGAUCAUCUGUGCAGUUCUUAUGUACUAGUAGUUUUGUAGGUCUGCAUUUGGGGAAUGUAUACUGCCUGAUUGAGAUGCAGCAAUUACAAGUUUGUCCAAGCAUUAUAAAUCUAGCAAUUUCAGUGCAAAUAUUUAACA